AUGUCUGAACCACAACUCUCCGACCAAUACCUAUACCAAAGCUCGCUGACAAGCGAUCCGGAGAUCAAAGUAUCAUCCGGCAAGCGCGUGCCGUUCGUUAUUGAUCUAAACCAGGGUUCGUACCAGAAUGGUGUUAUUACGAUUGACGCUACGGCUCAGCUGAACGGAAGUGAGGGAUUUGCUCCGCUCCGCGAUGCUUACAUCAUGCUUCCUUACAAGGUUACUAUGAAAAACGAUACUACGGCUCAGACAACAGCUGCGAAUCGUUUCUGUGCUACUCUAAAGUGUGGAAACUGGGACGUCAUUGAUUCGAUGUCUUUAGAACUAAAUGGCAAGACUAUUGUGAGUAUGGCUGACUACAAACUCUUCUGGAAUAACAUCCGGGCUCAAACCGGCUAUAGCUCUCAGUAUGUUGAGAAGCAUGGAGCGGAGUCGUUCCUUUACCCCGAUGCUGCUCAGUCAGUUCUAUACAGUAGCGCAGUCACUUCUACUACUGGUGAUGGCUAUUCGAACACUACAGCAUUUUCUCCUUCGUUUGCUGCGACUGGACCAUCCGGUGGAGCUUCUAUUGCUAGCGAUGGUCUUGUAAAGCGACUGCUAUCAAACCCUCCAUCUGCUGGUUCUGAUUUCAGCGCUUCUUGGCCUUCCCUUGGAGCUGCUGCUGCUUCUACAACCAUUGCUAACCAGACCGCGCGCGUUGCCUUUGUAGCUGGAGCUGCUACUGCCAAUGCAAUCAUAGGUACGUGGAACUACAUGCUUAAGAUUAAGUUAGAUGAUCUUCACCCAAUCUUGAAGGAACUUGAUCUAAUGGCGAAUCCCCAGAUCCGUCUUUGCUUCAGAGUAGACCAAGGUGUAUCAGCGGUGGCUGUUGAUGCUGGUAAGGGGAUGAAGCUAACUUCAACUACUCUUGCAUCGGGUAAUACAUGUCCCGUGAUGGUUGCCGCCUCAAGCACUUGUAAUCCAAUGGCGAGUGUACUUGCAGCUUCUGCGCGUUUCAGUAUCGCGUGGGGAGCUGUUGUAGACUCACUCGAUCUUACUAUUGAUGGUACAGAACCCCCAGGCAAUUGUCUAAAACAUGUGAAGAAGGUACGUUUCAACGAUUGCUACGCUCAAUGGUUUUACGAACGGGCUGGCACUGGUAAACAGUCAACACAACUAAACGCAGCUUUUGAUCUUCAACUAUCCGCUAGUGUAAAAAAUGCGAAGUAUGUCAUUCUGCUCCCGUUUGCUGAGCAAACAAGUAGCUUUAACUCUGCCCUCGCUCAAGAAUUUCAACCUUGGACUCUACACCCUGGCUCUUCGAUUCGCAACUUCAAUGUCCGCAUCGGUUCUACGCAGUGCUUUGAUAUUUCUCACGAUUAUGACUUUCAUGAGUUCACCAACGAGGUUGCCAAGAUUAGUGCAAUCAACGGUGAUCUGACUCUUGAACUUGUCAAUGGUCUACUUGACUACCAAACUUGGUCGCCAACAAACCGUGUUCUCUUUGCUGAUGUUAGUCGCUUGACGGAACGUGAUGUACCACAUGCCAUUCAGAUUCAAGGUGUUAACGCUGGUUGCCAGGGUGUUAAUAUGCUAGUCCUCGUAAUCUGUGAGCAGGAGCUGAACUAUGGUCGUCUAACAGGUGAUAUUUUAGAUUUUACAAUUGCUUAA